CUUACUAUUAACUUAAGUAUCUAUAUUUCUCUACUUUAUUUCUUUAGGUUAUUUGUAUUUACUUAUAGGGGUAUUUAUAAGUACUUAUUAGGAUUACUUGAGGCUUAUUAUAGUAAGAACUUCCUUUAUUCGAAUAAAAGAGCCUAUUUUCUAAUAAUAAAUAGCUUUAACUAUUUAUCUUUAAUAUUAUGA